AUGACGCGCUCUAGUGAGGCAAACACUAACCCAACACAUGCAGUCAAACGCACCGUCGAUGGCUUUACCAAUGGCGCUACCAACGGUGUUGCCAAUGACGUCGAUAUCGCAACCGACACAACUCCUGACCCCAGCGCACAGGCCAGCGAUGCCCACCAUUUCGAAGAUGUGAGCACCAGUUUGAAACAGUUACCAGCAUACACGCCCAGAAAGCUUCGGGUGGUGACAAUUGGUGCUGGUUAUUCGGGGCUCACUCUGGCCCACAAGUUCCAGCAUCAACACAGCGACUUGAGCGAUGUGAUUGAUCACACCAUCUAUGAAGCGAGGUCCGAACUAGGAGGAACUUGGCUGGUGAAUACCUACCCCGGAGUGGUCUGCGAUGUCCCUUCACACAUCUAUGCAUUUCCGUUCGACCCCAAUCCUGGCUGGAGUCGCUUCUUCUCUACUGGCCCCGAGAUCUGGGCAUACAUGAAGAAAAUGGCUCAGAAGUGGAAUCUUGAGCGUGAUGUCAAAUACAAUCAUCGUGUUACCGGAGCGUACUGGCAAGAAGAUCGCGGCCAAUGGCGGGUAAUAGUCGAGCAUAACAACACCGUCAUCGAAGACUACGCGGACAUCUUGAUUUCAGCCCAGGGGUUUUUGAACACCUGGAAUUGGCCAUCGAUUCCCGGAUUGCAAACCUUUCAGGGCAAAAAGGUGCAUUCGGCCAGCUGGGACCACGAUUACGACUACAGCAACAAGACCGUCGCCGUGAUCGGGAAUGGUUCCUCUGGGAUCCAAAUUCUGCCUCAGUUGGCCAAGCUACCGGGGACGAAAGUGACGAGUUUUCAACGUGGCCCAACCUGGGUGGUCAGCACCAUGAGCCCGGCAUCGCUCCUUGGAAAAGACGACCCGGCGUAUAAUCCGGAGUACACGGAUGAGGAAAAGCAAGCUUUCCUCCAAGACCCUCAGAAGCAUCAUCAAUACCGUAAGAAGAUCAUUCACAGCAUCAAUGACAGUUUUAAGAUGUUUGUCAAGAAUUCGGAACUCAACGAGCAGAUUCUUGACCUUGCCCGGCGACAAAUGACGGCCAAGCUGAAGAACAAUCCUGAACUGUGCGAAAAGCUCAUUCCAAAAUGGGAGCUGGGGUGUCGAAGAAUUACUCCCGGGGAGGGAUAUCUCGAAGCCUUCUUGCGCGAGAAUGUUGGACUCACUCAAAGUCCCAUCACCAACAUUGAUGCCGAUAGCAUCCACACAACUGAUGGUCAGGUUUACAAAGUCGAUGUCGUCGUUUGCGCCACCGGAUUCGAUGUUUCCUAUCGUCCUCAAUACCCUAUCGUUGGCCGUAACAAAGUGAAUCUCGCGGACAAAUGGGUCGAGGAACCCUCAUCAUACUUAUCACUCGCCGCGCCCGACAUGCCCAACUACUUCAUGUUCACCGGCCCGAACGCACUGAUCGGCCACGGCUCCUUGAUGGAAAGUCUAGGGUGGAGUGCCGAGUACAUGAUCAAAUGGAUGCGGAAAAUUGCCUCGGAAGACAUCAAAGCGGUCGUCCCCAAGCAGAGCGUAGUGGAUGAUUUCAUCGUCUACUCCGAUCAGAUCCACCAGACACUGACCUGGACCGGCGCAUGUCGGAGCUGGUACAAGAACAACACGAUCGAUGGGCGAGUGACGGCGACGUUUGCGGGGAGCGCGUUGCUUUUCAAGCGGCUCAUCCAAGAUCUGCGCCCGGAAGACUUCGACAUUAAGCCGAGAAACAAGAACCGAUUUCGAUUUCUGGGGAACGGAUUCCUGCAAUAUGAGUUGCAGAAGGGCAAUGACCUGGCUUGGUAUGUGGAAAGGUGA